GGAUUUGUACGACUGGAUUUACUUGGGAAAAGAUCAGGGUGCAGGCAUCGACGGUAAUUUGGGUCAUCGUGAUACCCAUACGAUAGCAUACCAUGUAUCAGGUACAAGAUUGGCUGGAGCCAAGAAAGUCAACCACGGUACAAUCGCGAGGGACAGAAUAUUCCAAAGAUAUAAAACUGAGGUAUUUUCCAAUACUGCAAUUCUUGCACACUCGCACACGGCUUCGGUUACGAUCAUACCACACUACAGCCUUACAUACACCACACACUCAAGCACACUAUCCCAUGUCACCCAGUCCCGCAAUCGGCGCGUUCGUCUGCCCAUCCAUCGAGGAUUCCAAACACCAAAAAAUGACGUCCGCCAUCGAAUCUGGCACGUUCAUGUACCUAUACAACCCUCAAAGACACCACACAAUGAUAUACGAUCCCGAACUUGGCACGAGCGCCUGUGAAUGCAGCCACCAAAAGUCCAAGUUCCAGAGCGUGAUCAAGAAAGUAUCAUAUUGCAUAGUCGUAUGCGCCCAUGUCUCCGCCGCCAUAACCAUAUUCAUCGCUAGCUUCCUCACAAUUAUGAGCUGGAAACAUCCUCAUACUGUACAACAAUGGUUUGAGAAUGGAUCAUGGGGGGUCAUCAUCUGGAGCUUGUUUGUUGUGAACGUCUGCAUGUGCUUGGUAUUGGAAAUCUCGUAUACGAUGCUCGAUGAGUAGAUGGCCGACAAGGGACGGAUAAGAAGGUGUGGUGAAGCACCAUCUGGAGAGGCUGGCUAGUGACGCGGCCGUGAUGUGGCAACCAGACUAUUCAAGCGUGACUGUAUUCCCGGAAGAUGGGUCCGACUUAGUUGAGAGAUGAAUGCACAUCUCGGAUCACGAUCCGGGAUGCUCGCCACACACUAGUGACUAGUCCCACACUCGGAUGUGACGGCCAUGACAACCCAUAAGGCCACCCACUACUAUACAUAAUAACUGAUACCUA